UUUUAACACUUUUAUAAAGCAGUCCAAUGGCAGAGCAACAACACUAAUCCCAUUCCACCUAAAGUUAAGCUCAGCAAAGACACCUUUCUCUGAGAAAAAAAUGGCCGCCGCAGCACCUCCACCGCCGCCGUCGCCUACACCCGACGUCAUCUCCGAGGACUUGCUUCCGACUGGAUACAAUGUCUUCUCCCGAAUUCGGCUUGCCACCAUCGUCGACGUUCCUCAUAUCCACAAACUCAUCCACCAGAUGGCCGUCUUUGAGAGACUCACCCAUCUCUUCUCCGCCACAGAAUCUUCACUUUCCUCCACUCUCUUCCCUGAAAACUCCCCACCUCCGUUCACCUCCUUCACCGUUUUCCUUCUCGAAGUUUCUCAAACCCCUUUCCCUCUAAUCGACCAAAACUACCCAAAUUUCACCCCUAUACAUAAAACGGUAAAUCUGGAUCUCCCGAUUACCGACCCGCAAGCGGAAUCGUUCAGAUCGUGUGGAAAUGAUGUUGUGGUUGCUGGAUUUGUGUUGUUUUUCCCUAACUAUUCGACUUUCUUAGCGAAACCUGGGUUUUACAUCGAGGAUAUAUUUGUGAGGGAGUGUUAUAGGAGGAAAGGUUUUGGGAAGAUGUUGUUGUCAGCUGUGGCUGCUCAGGCGGCGAAAAUGGGUUAUGGAAGAGUGGAAUGGGUGGUUCUAGAUUGGAACGUGAAUGCGAUCAAGUUUUAUGAAGAAAUGGGAGCUCAAGUUAUGCAGGAAUGGAGGGUUUGUAGGCUGACUGGUGAUGCCCUUCAAGCCUUUGCAAAUGUCUAACAUUUGAGUUUGAAAUUGUCUUCAAUUUUACACCCAAUACUCCACUCCACUGUUAUGUGUGUGGAUGUAAGUGUUAUCAGUAGGAAUUAAAUAAAGAAUUUCACUUGUGUUGCAAUUUGAUCUUUUUUUCUCAGCUUGUGAUACUGUGUUUUGAAUGAUAGUUUUACUUCUAUGUG